AGACAUUUGCAACAUAAAUUCAACAAUCUCAUUCUUCUUUGAAAGCUCCAGUCUCCCCAAAUCAGUGCAACAAUCACAAAUUUCUUCUUCCUCCCGCGUUGAUGAUUUUGUCCAAAUUAAUAACUUUAAUCCAUAUUUUUUUUAUUACAUUAACCUGUUAUAUUGAAAUUCAGAUGUUUGAAACUUUGAAUAUUCAGACAUAUAACUCGUAGUUCUUCCACUAGGCAGACUUUAAUGUAUCGUUUCCCACUUGUUUGUCUUUACCCGCUGUUUGAUGCGACUCUCUCAUAAUUCAGAAGUCCAUACCAAACCAAUUGCUUUCACUCAACAAAAAACAAGAAGAUGAUGAAGAAGAAAAUGACUUAUUUUCAAAGUCGUCUCCUCCUCCUACUUCUACCCCAACCCCACUCAUGCAAAGCCCUAAAAAUCCAUUAUCAUUUUUCCCUCUCCCUGAAAUCUCUAAUCAGGGGAGUAAAGAAUGAACUUGAAUAAUAAUAAUCAGCUGAACCCACAAUCAGCAGCUGAAAAAGCAGUAUCUGUUAUAGGUUUUGGUUAUGAUUUAACAAAUGAUAUUCGACUUUCGUAUUGUAAAUCAGGUCCAUCUGGUUUAAGUCUGAUUGACCUUGAUCAGAAUCUAACUCGGGACCUUGUAUUUCCUGGUGGAACUGCUGUUCCCAAUGUCCCUAGUUCAAUCAAGUGUGAUAAAGGAGAGCGGACUCGGUUUCGCUCUAAAGUUGUUUCUUUUCAUCAGAUGUCAGAGCAAUUCAAUCAGGAGCUCUCGUUGUCAGGAAAAAUUCCACCUGGUCUGUUUAAUGCAAUGUUUGGUUUCCAAGGAUGCUGGCAAAAAGAUGCGGCUUCGACAAAAUGUCUUGCUUUUGAUGGUUGGUCUAUAGCUCUGUACAGUGUUGUGUUAGAAAGAUCUCACAUUGUAUUGCGUGAUCAUGUGAUAAACGAAUUACCUUCUACAUGGGAUCCUGCCUCAAUUGCUGGGUUUAUCGAAAAGUACGGUACUCAUGUUGUUGUUGAAGUAAAGAUGGGUGGUAAAGAUGUAAUUCAUAUUAAGCAGUUGCAAGAUUCAAAUCUUCAGCAUGCGGAAGUGCAGAAAAUGUUGAAGAAUUUAACUGAUAAGAGAUUUUCAGAAGACGGUAAUGGAAUUUUCAUGAAAAAUCCUCAAGAACUGCCAAAAAAGCGAAAGGAUGAACAGUUCAUUGCCUGGCAACAUGGUGCACCAUUUUCCAAAUCAAUGAGGCCAAUUGUUUUUCACACAAAAGAGGAUGUAGUGAGCAUUCACGUCCGUAGAGGUGGUACUGAUAAUGGUCAAAGUCAUGACCAGUGGCUUCCAACCAUUUCACAGUCCCCUGAUGUAAUAUCGAUGUCUCUAGUGCCAAUAACAUCUUUGUUGAAUGGUGUUCGUGGCGGUGGGUUUUUAAGCCAUGCAGUGAAUCUUUACCUCCGUUAUAAGCCUCCACUGGAAGACCUUCGUCAAUUUUUGGAGUUCCAAUUAUCGAGGCAAUGGGCUCCAGUUUAUGCUGAUCUCCCUCUCAGACGUCAGCACAAAAAACAGAGUUCUCCGUCACUCCAGUUCACAUUCAUGGGCCCAAAGCUUUAUGUUAAUACAGACAAAGUUGAUUCAGGUAAUCAUCCUGUAACUGGAAUCCGUCUUUUCAUGGAAGGUAGAAAGAGCGACCACCUAGCUAUCCACCUACAACACCUCUCUACUCUCCCCGACAUUCUCCACCUCUCUCAUGAAUGCAAUUACAAGCCUAAAAAGGAUCUUCCAUCUGAACGAGAUUACUAUGAGCCCGUUAAGUGGAGCUUGUUCUCACAUGUAUGCACUGCUCCAAUUGAAUACAAUUCAACCCAAAUUUAUGAAUCUGCAUCAAUAGUGACCAAAGCUUGGUUUGAGGUAAGAGACAUGGGGAUGAGGAGGGUUUUGUUCUUAAGACUGGGAUUCUCUAUGGUAGCAUCUGUUAGGAUUCGUAGGUCGGAAUGGGAUGGUGGUCCUUCACAUCUAUCACGAAAAUCAGGAUCAAUUUCACUCUAUUUAAGCACCAAGUUCAUGGUAAACCAAAAUCAACCUGAGAAGCCAAAAGUGGAGCUGAAUUCUGCAGUGUAUCCUGGUGGACCACCUGCUCCAGCCAAGGUAACAAAGGUAUCCAAGUUUGUGGAUGUGAAGGAGAUGGUGAGAGGUCCAGAGGACCCACCGGGGUAUUGGGUAGUCACAGGAGCGAAACUGUGUGUGGAUGGUGGUAAGAUUGCGCUCAAAGUGAAGUACUCAUUGCUAACCUUACUGCUGCAUGCUGAUUGUUCCUGACACUGAAAGUAGAACCUAAGGGGUUUGCAACUAAAUCUGCUUUGUGUGAAUUUGCUGUGUAUAAAUCUAUAUAUUGACACCUUAUAUCUGACUUGAUUGACGAUUAAAUUUUUGUAAGCCAACACUGGAAGCAAUUGUGUAAAGUGAUUCAGAAUAUAGCUGAAUCCUGAAUUUGCUGAAUAAGGUCUCACCCAACUGGCAAUAAUGAUUUUGGAGAUUCUUUUGAAA